AUGACUGACUGUACCAGGAUCAAGGCUGUUGUGUAUCAUAUAGCAGAGGAGAAGACUAUGCGCCAGCUGUACGUUCAUACUGGUAUUAGAUGUGAACAGUGUGGCCAGUGUCCUAUCCUCGGAAUUCGCUGGCAUUGCAACAACUGCCCAGAUUUUGAUUUAUGCUCAACCUGUGAAGCGCAACCGCUGCAUCCCAAGACCCACGUUUUCACAAAGAUCAAGAUUCCCAUUUCUUUCCUUGGUCAAAACCACCAGGUUCAGGAUGUCUCUUACCCUGGUGACCCGAUGGCGCAAUGGCCAGCUUUGAGGACCUCGCUAAAGAAGGAAUUGGCCUUUGAUUCGGGCUUCGAAGACCUUGAAAUCCAGGUCUUCUAUGACCAAUUUGGAUGCAAAGCCAACAUCGCCUACCCAGAGGAUCCCAUGCAAAUCGGUCUUGCUAUUGACCGUCAUGCUUUCAAUAAACUUAUGAUGUCUCCAACAUGGAAGCGACCCGCAGAACCCAGCGUUCUUUACGAUCGCAUGUUCAGCUUCUAUGAUACCGACAACAAUGGGCUUAUUGGCUUCAAAGAAUAUGUGUUAGGUAUAGCCUACCUUCGCCGGCCUAAUAAGCAGAACUCGCUGGAUCGAGUCUUCCUCGGCUACGAUUUUGAUGGUGACGGAUACAUUAGUCGGCGAGAUUUUAUUCGUAUGCUCAGCGCCAAGUACGCCGUCCAAAAGAAACUGGUGGAAGAUGCAAUCCGAGUGGCAGAGAUUGACAUGGUAACUUAUACUUCUAACAUCGUCCGGUCGAGUCAGCCCAUUAGUGCGGCUUUUGCCCAGGAAGAUGUCCCUCCUGGCCAGACAAGG